GUGAAAAUCUCUCACUCCUUUUGUAAGGCAUUUUGAUCAGUAAAGUGUUCUUCAACAAAGUACACACCCAAACUGGCCAAACACAAACCCAAACCCAAACCCAAACACAAUACAACCUUUACUCUCUCUCUCUCUCUCUCUCUCUCUCUCUCUCUCUCUCUUUUGUUAGGGUUUUCGAUUUUCCCUCAAAGCUUUGAUUUUUAAGCCAUGGAGUCCGGCGACGAGAUCAACAUCGGUAGCGACAAUGAGGUCAACGAUUAUUACGGCGAAGAUGCAAACAACACUGACUGUAACUAUGACUCGUUGAUCAAAGAAGAGGAUUCCAUGGAUUCUGAUUCCGAUAGUCCUGUUGCUAAAAGGCCUCGUCUUGAAGGUCCUCCAGACCGAAACUACACGGUGUUGAAGCAAUCAGAUAUACGUGAACGCCAAGAGAACACUAUUGCAGAAGUUGCCACGGUUCUCUCUGUAUCAAAAGCCGUCGCAACAAUUUUACUCCGUCACUAUAAUUGGAGUGCUGUUAAGGUUCACGAGGCAUGGUUUUCUGAUGAAGAUCGAGUCAGAAAAAACUUGGGUUUAUUACCCAUCAUCGAAUUCCCACUUGACAGUACUGAAGUCAAGUGUGGAAUAUGUUUCGAUUUGUUCCCAACACGCGAUGAAAUUGUCUCUGCCGCAUGUGGUCAUCCUUAUUGUGUCGAAUGUUUUCGAGGUUAUAUUAGGACUUCGAUCAACGAUGGUCCUGGAUGUUUGAUGCUGAGGUGCCCGGACGUGUCUUGUUCUGCGGUUGUUGAUCGAGACAUGGUGAAUAGUUUGGUUUCUGAGGAGGAAAAGCAGAAGUAUUCGACUUAUCUGUACAGGUCUUAUGUUGAGGAGAAUAAGAAGAUCAAGUGGUGUCCUGGUCCGGGUUGCGAGCACGCAAUUGAGUUCGAUGAUAAUCAAGGUUGGGAUGUGACUUGUGCUUGUGAUUUUAGUUUUUGUUGGAAUUGUGUUGAGGAUGCUCAUCGACCUGUGGAUUGUGAAACUGUGGCUAAUUGGAUGGCAAAGAAUGAUGAUGAGUCCGAAACCAAGACUUGGAUAUUGGCUCAAACAAAGCCUUGUCCCAAGUGUGCAAAACCAAUUGAAAAAAACGAGGGUUGUAUGCAUAUGACAUGCCAUUCACCUUGUCGUUAUCAGUUUUGCUGGAUAUGCCUUGGUGAUUGGCAUAAUCAUAUCAACUGUAAUGGUUAUAAGGAAGACAAGAGAAAAGAGGUAGAAGAGGCAAAGAGACAUGUGCAAAAGUACAAUCAUUACUAUGAAAGAUGGGCAGCUCAUAACUUGUCAAGGCUAAAAGCUGUUUCAGACUUGGGUAGAGUGCAAACCGAGCAGAUUGAGCAGCUUAGUGAGAUACAUGGCAAAACCCAAAUUGAGCUGGGGUUCAUAGCGGAGGCUUGGCAACAGAUAGUUGAAUGUAGAAGAGUGUUGAAGUGGACCUAUGCAUAUGGGUACUAUCUGCCUGAGGCUGAGGAUGCUAAGAAGCAGCUUUUCGAGUUUUUGCAAGGGGAAGCAGAGGCUGGUCUUGAAAGGCUUCAUGGAUAUGCUGAGAAGGAAGUGAGGCAGUUUCUUAAUGCUGAUGAGAGAUCAGUAAAUUUCGAAGGGUUCGAGUUAAAGCUGAAGAGCUUAACGGGAGUUACCAAAAAUUACUUUGAGAAGCUGGUUAGAGCAUUAGAGAAUGGCCUAUCAGAGGUGCAAGAAGCUGGCAAGAGUUAUAUGGAAGAGCAUUGGUAUUGUGAUCGGUGUACUUUUGCCAAUUCCUGGGAAAAUGUAACUUGCGAGAUGUGUCACAUGCACCAGUGAAAGACAUUUCAGCAUCUCUUUGUGGUGAAAGGGAAGCACUGGUACUGUAUAUUUAGUUUCUGUCUAUUUCCAAGUCUAAAUAAUCUAUUGUAGAUCCAUCAAGUUGUUCUUUGUAAAGCCGCAUUGGUCUGUUUCUCCGAUUAUCAUUUGACGUUUUUAAUGGUUUUACAAUCUAUCCUUUGGGAGAGCAUCUCAUGCUUUGAGAUAUGUGAACUCCCUAAUUAGGCUUUUGGUUGUAUUUAGGUGAAAAUAAUUUUUAUCUCCUUUAUUCCAAUUUCCAUGUAUGCUCUGUUUGUACAAUUUUGUUUAAUUAGUUGUUUGUCCUCUCA